AUGCCGGCGUAUCUUUAUGCGGCGAAUCUUAACAGAACGAGAGAAAAGAAGGAAACUGAGAGCACUCCUUUUGGGUGUUGUUUGCAGCCUCUUAAGUAUGCAGAUCCUGAGCUGUAUGCCCUCAUAGUGAAGGAGAAGGAGCGGCAAGUCGACUGCAUUGAACUGAUUGCUUCUGAAAAUUUCGUGAGCACGGCGGUACAAGACUGCCUCGGCAGCUGUCUGACGAACAAGUACUCUGAAGGCCUCGUCGGCGCGCGUUACUAUGGGGGCAUGGAAAUUGUGGAUCAGAUUGAAUCUCUUUGCAUGCAACGCGCCAAGGAAGCGUUUCGCCUUGACCCAGAAGAAUGGCAUGUAAACGUACAGCCUCUCUCCGGCAGCCCCGCUAACUUCGCCGUCUUUAUGGCCCUCCUGCAGCCGCAUGAUCGAUUCAUGGGCCUCGGUCUCAAUGACGGGGGUCACCUGACGCAUGGGGCGUACACCCCGUCUCGGCGCAUCAGUGCAACCUCUCUCUUCUUUGAGUCGCUUCCUUAUGGCCUCGACCCCAAGACCGGGCUUAUAGACUACGAUGAGCUGGAGAGGCUGGCGACGCUUUUCCGGCCAAAGCUGAUCAUCUGCGGGCACUCUGCUUAUCCACGGCUGCUGGAUUAUAAACGCUUUCGGGCUAUUGCUGAUAAAGUUGGCGCUUUCCUCUGGUGCGAUAUGGCGCACAUCAGCGGUUUCGUUGCUGCAGGCAUUUUUGAAUCGCCGUUUGACUACUGCGAUGUUGUCACCACGACGACGCACAAAACCCUCAGGGGGCCCCGCAGCGGUAUGAUAUUCGUGAACACCAAACGAGUGCCAAAUGGGGCCUCCAGAGUCGACGCAGCGGUCUUUCCAGGCCUUCAAGGGGGACCUCACGAGAACCACAUUGCUGCUACGUGUACACCGGAGUGGAAAGUCUAUUCACAAAACGUGUUAGACAACUGCAAGCUGUUGGCAGCUGAGUUACAGAGCCACGGCCUGCAGCUCGUCACCGGCGGGACGGACAACCACUUGCUGCUCUUGGACUUGAAACCACAAGGGUUGACGGGGGCGAAGCUUCAGUUGGUCUGCGACGCUGUGAACAUCACGCUGAACAAAAACUCAAUCUCGGGCGACUCACCAGGCAUUCCUACCGGUGCGGGAGACAACAAAAAAUCUUUUCUAUAUUUGGUUUCAGCUUAG